AGUUUGUAGUUAAAAAUAACCAUGAUAACCCCAUUACCAGUAAACCCCAUUAUGUUUAUAGGUAACAUUUUUAUGAAAAAUAACGAUUUUCUAAAAAAAAAAAAUAGAAUAAUAGCAUGGUUUUACAAUUUUACAAAUUGUCUUUAAUGCUUGCCUAAGUAGAAGUUGGCAGAAUUCUCGCAUCUACUUUUGCAUUCACUCUGUUGCAAUAUCACUGAUUGGGGGGCCUCAGGACAAGUCAUCUGUAAACGUAAGCGAUAUUGAGAGUAAAGAGUCAAAUGCCAUCUUGGUUUGAUAAUGAAAAUAAGUGUGACCCCCUGAAGUCCCUGGCCCGUCCAGGCAGUUCCCCGUCCACGCUUUGCGAACCACUGCAUCCACCAGCCCUAAGCGGGGGCGGGGGGAGGGGUCCCUCCACGUGUUGCACAUGCUCCAUGAACUCUUUCUUUGCUUUGUUGCAGAGUCCUUUGGGCAGAAUUAUCCAGAGGAAGCCGAUGGAACUUUGGAUUGUAUCAGCAUGGCCCUGACUUGCACCUUUAACAGGUGGGGCACACUACUUGCAGUUGGCUGUAACGAUGGCCGAAUUGUCAUCUGGGAUUUCUUGACGAGAGGCAUCGCUAAAAUAAUUAGUGCACACAUCCAUCCUGUCUGUUCUUUAUGCUGGAGUCGAGAUGGUCAUAAGCUCGUGAGUGCUUCUACUGAUAACAUAGUGUCACAGUGGGAUGUCCUUUCAGGCGACUGUGACCAGAGGUUUCGGUUCCCUUCACCCAUCUUAAAAGUCCAGUACCAUCCACGAGAUCAGAACAAGGUUCUCGUGUGUCCCAUGAAAUCUGCUCCUGUCAUGUUGACCCUUUCAGAUUCCAAGCAUGUUGUUCUGCCGGUAGACGAUGACUCCGAUUUGAACGUGGUUGCAUCUUUUGAUAGGCGAGGGGAGUAUAUCUAUACAGGAAAUGCAAAAGGAAAGAUUUUGGUCCUAAAAACAGAUUCUCAGGAUCUUGUUGCUUCCUUCAGAGUAACAACUGGAACAAGCAAUACCACAGCUAUUAAGUCAAUAGAGUUUGCCCGGAAGGGGAGUUGCUUUUUAAUUAACACAGCAGAUCGGAUAAUCCGGGUUUAUGAUGGCAGAGAAAUCUUAACUUGCGGAAGAGAUGGAGAGCCCGAACCUAUGCAGAAAUUACAGGACUUGGUAAAUAGAACCCCGUGGAAGAAAUGUUGUUUCUCUGGGGAUGGAGAAUACAUAGUGGCCGGUUCAGCCCGGCAGCACGCCUUGUACAUCUGGGAGAAGAGCAUUGGCAACCUGGUGAAGAUUCUCCAUGGCACGAGAGGAGAGCUCCUCUUGGAUGUAGCUUGGCAUCCUGUUCGACCCAUCAUAGCAUCCAUUUCAAGUGGAGUGGUAUCUAUCUGGGCACAAAAUCAAGUAGAAAAUUGGAGUGCAUUUGCCCCAGACUUCAAGGAGUUGGAUGAAAAUGUAGAAUAUGAGGAAAGGGAAUCAGAGUUUGAUAUUGAAGAUGAAGAUAAGAGUGAGCCUGAGCAGACGGGGGCUGAUGCUGCAGAGGAUGAGGAAGUGGAUGUCACCAGUGUGGACCCUAUUGCUGCCUUCUGUAGCAGUGAUGAAGAGCUGGAAGAUUCAAAGGCUCUAUUAUAUUUACCCAUUGCCCCUGAGGUAGAAGAUCCGGAAGAAAAUCCUUAUGGCCCCCCACCGGAUGCAGUCCAAACCUCCCUGAUGGAUGAAGGGGCUAGUUCAGAGAAGAAGAGGCAGUCUUCAGCAGAUGGGUCCCAGCCACCUAAGAAGAAACCCAAAACAACCAAUAUAGAACUUCAAGGAGUACCCAAUGAUGAAGUCCAUCCACUACUGGGUGUGAAGGGGGAUGGCAAAUCCAAGAAGAAGCAAGCAGGCCGGCCUAAAGGAUCAAAAGGUAAAGAGAAAGAUUCUCCAUUUAAACCGAAACUCUACAAAGGGGACAGAGGUUUACCUCUGGAAGGAUCAGCGAAGGGUAAAGUGCAGGCGGAGCUCAGCCAGCCGUUGACAGGUAAGGACACACUGGGAGCGCUGUCUGGCUUGCUUCGUGGCCUUGCUUUGUACAGCCCCUGACUCCGUUUAACUGCAGCGUUCUUUCCCUCCUCUCCUUUUCCCAGUGGCAGACAUUCUCUGAGUUUCAGGCUGCUGCCAAGGGCAGGCAAAACCAGAUUUGGCUUAAUUCAGUGGCUCUUAACCUUGGGUCUGUAAAUAGGUUUCAGGGGAUCUAUAUUCCCCUGAUAUUACAUGCAAAACAUUGUGUGAAUAUUUUUGUGGGAAAGAUGCCCAUAGCUUUCAUCAGAUUCCUGUAGGAAUCCGUGAGCCCCGAAAGGGUAAGAACCCCUGGUUUAAUUCAUUUCUUUGCCUGUGUUCGCUUCCAGGUUUUUGUUUUGUUUUGCCUGAAAUGAAAGAGCCAGACAGAUAACCAGAAGUGUAUAAAGCUUGCUUUAUGCAGCCCUAGCUGUUUGUAGCGUUUUGUCUUUCUUUAAACUGUUCACAUCCCAGAGGCGGGGGUUCUCUCUCUCUCCGUAGUCCAGAAGCAGUGACAGAGCUGUCAGUAGUCCCGUCACGUUGAGGAGGAAGGUGAGAUGGUUUUCCAAAUAGGAUGAGAUUACCACAAGAGACCGCAACCGUAUCUGUGUAGCUUCUUAACUCCUAAGCCUUUGAAACUUACUGAGUUUUCUCACUUUGCUUGAGGGAGGAAAUUUUGGGGGGGAUGGAGAACAAUCUUAAUUUCCUGUCAAAUACUUGUGAAUGCAGGCCAAAUGGUCUCUUGUUUGGAAAAUAGUAAUCAAAUUAGAGUCCAUUUCUAUUCAGACAUGACUGGGUUUUGGAAAACGUAUGUAUGAGCAUCGCCUUAGUGUGGGCAGUGCUCUAGCUUCCCUGUGGCUAGGUCAGGAGACUCAGAGGCAGGGCUGAUAAAGUGUCAGUGGUUGUAUUCAGAUUUUAUUCCUCAGGCUUAAAAAUUAAAAAAAAAAUUGUUUUUUAACGUUUAUUCAUUUUUUGAGAGACAGAGACAGAGGGUGAGUGGGGGAGAGGCAGAGGGAGAGGGAGACACAGAAUCCGAAGCGGGCUCCAGGCUCCGACCGGUCCGCACAGAGCCCGACGCGGGGCUCGAACUCACAAACCGCGAGAUCAUGACCCGAGCCGAAGUCGGAUGCUUAACUGCCUGGUGCGUCAGGCACCCGCCCCAUCCUCUGGCUUUAAAAUUUUAACUCCAGCGUGUGACCCCAGCUGUGCUGGCGUGACACGCUGCUACAACGUGGAACAGAGUUCGUUGUUUGAGUUACACCUUCAGUCAGUUGAUCGUGAUGAACAUGAGUUCUCUUCCGUAGAGAAGCUGAAGCAGACUCAAUUACUCACUUUGAGUAUUCCGCCUCACGCGCUGGAUUUAGAUGUUCCGUUUUCACAGCCAACGCGUGGCACUGACAGCAGCAUUGUUUCCCCAACAGCGCUAUUUAUGUUGUUCACCGGGGAUCAGUUACCACCUCUACAUUCAGUCCACUGAAGGCUCUCUCUGUAUGUGUUUUAAAAUAGCCGGGAUGAGUUUCAUGGCCAUUGCCAACAAAGAUUGCAGGCCAGUAAUUGAUUCAUGUAAAUACAAACGAUCCUUCUAUAGCCUAGUUCUGGUACAAGCUGUGGCCACUACAGAAACACACGGUUUACCUUUAAAUAGAUUUCUCUGGCCUAACGAGCUGAAAUGCUUGAGGCUGAUGUAAAAUGUGGCCAGACAUACGGACUUGAUUGAAAUACUCUAGGACCUAGUCUCCUAGCUUCUUCAAAACCUGCCAGUAAUGAAUCAUUUGCUUUUUAAUAGUCAGUGUAUGGCAAAUAAACCACUUAAAAGUUUUUGAAAAUUCACAUUUCCCUUUCUAUAACUCAGUGAUUUCAACUUUUAAUUAUAGUUGAUCUGAUCACUAGCAGUGAGGUAAAUAUCCCUGGCCUUUCUUCAGUUGGGUUUCUGUCACAGACCCCGUGAACCACUGUUAGAUUUUACAGCAUAGAGUACAAUAGCAAUGUUGUUUCUCAGAUGUACUUGCAAAAUGUCUAAACAAGAGUCAAAAUCAAAUGUCAAAGAGUUUGGUCAGCCAUUUUUAUUUCCUAAAAUUCUCAAAACUUCUCAAAAUACUGAAUACGGUUUGCAAUGACAUUUUCAAGUAUGUGUGUAAUACAUGCUUCAGUAGUAGAAGUUAGUGUUUCGAAGCUCCUGGCAAGAAUGGAUACCAUUAUCUAGAGCCUAUUAGAAGUUAAUCCCUACUCACUGUGCUGACAAGGUUAAAUAAGGUAGUGACCUCGUUAAAGGCUAGAACUUGUAUCUCGGAAUAGCGGGGGGCUGUAAACCGGACUUUUAUUUUCUACAUUAUUUUUAGUAGGUGCUCGGGUUGAUCAGCCUUAAAUAGAGGCAGCUGUUCUAACAGCUUCAUCCUUAAAAUUUUUUUUUUAUGUUUAUUUAUUUUUGAGAGAGAGACAAGAGCGUGAACGGGGGAGGGGCAGAGAGAGAGGGAGACACAGAAUCCGAAGCGGGCUCCAGGCUCUGAGCUGUCAGCCCCGAGCCCGACGUGGGGCUCGAACUCGUGAACCUCGAGAUCAUGACCUGAGCCCGAGUCGGACGCUCAACUGUCUGAGCCACCCAGGUGCCCCAUUACAGCUUUAUCCUUUAGAAGGACUAGAGGGGACUUCCACGCCAGGGGGAUGAUAGGUCUUUUGACAUCACGCAGACAGAACAACUGCUCAAGAUGAUGCAAACACUGCACCGGCCUCUCAUGACUGUGCAGCUCACACUUCCCGCGUAAACUAUGCUUCCUUCCUCCCGUUUUCGCCUUUCUUCUCUGGCCCCGUUCCUUGACUUUUUCCUGAAUGGAAAUCUCCCAAACUGCAAUGGCCAGAUGAAACCAGAGAAUGCUGAGGAGCAGGAUUUAGAAAACCUCAAAGGCGGCCAUUGUGGUUUGCUCCCAAGGCUUCCUCAGAAGGCUGCACCCAAAUUCACAGCCUGGCUGCGGUGUGGUUUGGGUCUUUAUGGAGGCUGUGCAUCUGGGGGAGAAUGGGGAGAACUCCAUUAUGCCUCUUGAGUUUCAGGACAGCCUGUUGGAUCUUUUGUGUGGGAUUCUGAGGUAAAACCUCUUUGGCAUUCGAGUUUUGUGUUCUUCCACGCCUCAGAGAUGUUCCAUAAAAAGCGAUGUGCGGUCAUUGUCGAUUUUCAGGAGAUACUAAGAUACGAAACCUGAUCCAGAUGCCUGAGGUUGAAGCGUCUUCAAAAAUCAAUUCAGUGGGAGGAUUGUAUUUGCAGAGCCAAGCUUUGCGGAUCUCCCCUCUCCCCCAGUGCCCUACUUUUGCAUCAGAGCCAAAUUGUUUGAAAGGAUUACAGGUGCAGGCUGUGUUGCUGCUCAAGGUAGAUAAAUGGCCACUGUUCGUUAAAAUGUGCAGUUGACCGGUUACUGAUGAAGCUAUUCGAUAAGCCCUAACUGGGCCUGGUAAAGCUGAUAGCCUGUUGUGUGUUGCAACAGGAGAUUAUGCAUUUUGAGGGAAGAUUAGAAGACACAUAGACCUGUAUAGGAAUGAUCUGGCCAUCUCGAACUUGGGCCUACAGAAAAUUCUUCCCUGUCAAACAGCUCAUUGGUGUUAAAUAGCUUCAGUGGACCCACAUCCGUGAAGACAUGCCUUCCGUGAUGAAUGAGGACCCGUCAGCGAAGCUUACUUAGCAAUGGUAGCCCUGAGUGAGCUUUGGACUUUCUGGAAAGGCCAGAUCCCCAUCAUCGACGCCAUCUCUGUGAUUUCCCCUGAAGUACCUUAUUAGAUUCUCUCCAGAGUACAGCCCUCAGAACAGAAACUUGAGAUUGAGCAGAACUACCAGGGUCCUUGUUGCUGUGUGACUGCUCAAAGACCGCCCAAGAACUAGGGCUUCUCGGCAGUAAACAGAAUCAGUAGCCAAGUGUGACAGAGUUGUGGCACGUCGCACACAUGGUCUAAAGGCCUCUUGUAAUGGUGGGCAUGAAGAAGUUGGUAUGUACCUGGGGCUCGUGGGGGUGGCGAAGGCCAAAGCGAGCAUCGGCGCUGCUUCUGGGGGCACACGGGCACCAUGUCGAUUUCCCUGCGUGUGGCCACACCGCUGUCCCAGGCCUCUGAGCCACCUCCUGAAUCCGAUUGUUUUGAAUGCUUGGUAGGGGGUGAGGUUUUUUUUCCCACUUCGUCUCUCUCUCUCUCUCUCUCUUUUAAGGUUUAUUUACUUAUUUUUGAGAGAGAGAGAGGGAGAAUCCCAAGCAGGCUCGUCACUGUCAGUGCAGAGCCUGAUACGAGGCUCUAUCUCCGGAACCGUGAGAUCAUGACAUGAGCCAAAGUUAAGAGUCAGACGCUUAACCAACUGAGCCACCCAGACUCCCUAUCCCACCUCUUCUCUCUCUUUUUUUUAAAUGAUCAGUCUUUCAAAGGCUGAUAUAUGAACUCCUGCUAAAAUCAGACAGCUACUUGGAUAUUCUUUCUUAUUCUUUGUGAUCUUAUUAGCGGACUAAGGUAACGUUUGAAAGUUAAUAUCCAGUUUUUCUUAGACUGCCUUGGCUUUGGCUGCUACUGGGAGGUACCAGUGACAGCUGUUCAUCAUGAGCUCAGUUUCUAUGAAUUUUCUGUUCUUGGCGAUUCCUUUAUGUUGCAGCAAAAUAAUACAGAUCCUUGGGGCAGAUUUUUAAAUAGCCUGGAGCUCUUCUCUUGUACUGUUUCUCUAUUUUAUCUUGCUCAUAGUAUUAUUGCUUACUGUGGUUUUGGGUUGUUACCCGAUACCUCAACAAGCCUUUGUGCGUGGCUUUUUUUUUAAAUUUUUUUUUUAAUGUUUUUAUUUAUUUUUGACAUAGCGCGCGCGCAUGAGCAGGGGAGGGACAGAGAGAGAGAGAGGGAGACACAGAAUCUGAAGCAGGCUUCAGGCCCCGAGCUGUCAGCACAGAGCCCGACACGGGGCUCGAACUCACGGACUGCGAGAUCAUGACCUGAGCCGAAGUCGGACAUUCAACCGACUGAGCCACCCAGGCGCCCUGGUUUUUUUUUUUUUUUUGGUCUGUCCACAUAAAUGAGGACGAUACAGAAACAUUAACUGACCUCAGAUAAUCAGUGUAAUGUACCUCAUUAGUCAUCUGGAGUGCCCAUUAUUAAUACUAUUGAUUUAUGAUCAAACCGGUUUUUCCUGUCGUGAUUAAGGCUUAAAAUGUUAAUGCUGUGUUCAUUUUUAAAUGGCUAAAAGUAGAUUGGUCAGGGUACCUAUGGGAACAAUCAGUGAAGCUGGCCUUAAUGUGAUAAAGGCAUGGUAUUGAGUCCUGUGCAGUACAUUCUUCUGCUGCAAGCAUUUUUUUAAAAAAAAUCAAUUCAAGAAGUUUUUACGUUUUACGUUGAGAGAUCUGAAAAGUGCCAGAUAAACUUUUUAUCUUACUGAACUGUAUAAAGUUGAAAUUUGAUUUUUAACAACGUAGCAUCCAGGAGAGUUUAUAUCUCAUAAUUGCUCGUCUGUGCUGAGGCAGUUGGGGCUAUAUUUUUAUUGCCGGUUUUCAUCCGUGCUUGAACUUUUACUUUAAAAAUCAGGUUAAAAGCAAAGUUUAUAAGUGGGUACUUUUCUUUCAUAACUUGGACAUUAUUUUUUAACCAUUUUAUACCUUCAAGUGGCAUGUCCUCCCCCCCACCCCCACCCCCCCGCCACAUUCCAGAUGACAUCUGGGAGGAUUUUCUUCACCUUGUUCUCUUCUUACACUUCCUAGUUAAUAUUUCACAGCAGCCCAUUUAAGGAUAUCCCUCAGAGGUUGAACAGCUUCUAUGGAAUAAUCAGGGAAGUGUUCGUUUGAUUUUACUAUUCAGGAUUUUAUUUAUUGAUCAGUUGUUGGUGCAUAGAAAUGCCGACAGGUUUCAUUCACAUUUCACCAUAUUGGGUUCUAAGGUGAUGAGAAUGUCAGUCAAGGAACAGGGGUGCUUGAACAACGGUCUGUUGCUCAUUGUCAACCACUUAGUGACUGAUUAAUAUAGGAAGGAUGAAAAGGUGUAGCACCCUAGAAUUUCCUUUCCUCAACUUACUGCGCUUUUUGGAUUGUAAAGCAUUUGCUUAACCAGGUUAGAAAACGGUUAGCAGCUUAGCAAAUGUGUAGAACUCUGAUCAUUUUGCUUUUAUUCCCCUUUGGGGCAGUGCUGAGGAAAGUAUUGGGGUGGGGGCUUGGGAUUUGGAUUUUUUGUUGCUUCAGUAAAGGGUAAAUGCGACUCGGAGUCGGUUUUCACUUAAAGGGGGAAUUCUUAGCCCACGUGUGCGUGUCAGCCAUCAUCCGGCAUCCGUCAGUACUUGUGUGCUUGCAGGCUACCGGGCGAAGUUGAUGCUAAAAGAAAUCUUUUUGUGUCUAAUCUCUUUAGCAGGGGGAGCAAU